AUGAACAAAGCCAGACAUGUGAUUUGGUUGUUGUUGUUGACAAGUGGUUACUUCACAGUAUUUGUUAGAGGAAACUGCAGCGUUACCAGUAAAGCGGGUAAUUGUACCACUAAUCCCAAAGCCGUUUCUGGAACGUGGUUUUCAGUAAAAGCCCAGAGCACAAUCCAAGACAAUGACGUCAGCUUUAUUGCCGAAAUGGAGGAGAGUUGUAACGAACUCCCGUUGAAAGUAGACGUUCAAGUCAAAGCUCACACUGGCUCAGACUUUAUUUUUCCGGGGAGCGGUAUUACGCAAAGGACGGAUGACUCUGACAGUCCCUAUGGAGGGGUAGUUUAUAAGUAUAAAGCUGAUUCAAGCAUCAGGAUUAUGGUUCCUAAAAGAGAAAACGGGAAAUCAUCGGGUAUUACACUGUUCUCGGGUGGAUCGUCAUGGGAUGGCGUUAUCCAGGUAAACGAGACAGCCGCAGAUGUCAGAUAUCGUGUCUGGUGUAGAUGUAACUUUCCCACACCUGCCUUUGAAUCCAGUUGGACAAAUAUAGAUGCGAGAAACAAUAAUUUCUUGGAGAUCAAUCAUGGACUAGGAAUCAUGCCAGAUAUGGUUAUUGUACAGCUCCGUCACGGUUCAACAGACCGGGACUGGGUAUCUGACGUCAUGGGGUCAAUGUCUACUUCAAGAACUGGAAAAGAAAAGAGUGGUUUAAUUUACGCAUACAACUCCAGAACUGUCAGGAUUUGGGCUCCAGAGAAUGGCAACUUGUUUAACCUAGCUGACGGAUGGGGACUGCCGAGAGAUGUGGACACCGUUAUUUCCGGUCAGUUGAAAGUUUACGUAUGGAGCUACCUGAUGAACACAAAGAGUAAAAGCGUAACAAUAGAUCGCAGAACAUCGAUUCCUAAUCUACAAGUUCCCUUGCCUGUUCCAUUAAACAUUGACCAUGAUAUUUUAUACUUUACAAUUUCACCCACGAAUGGUGAAAAUAGAGGGUUUGCUUUUCCCGGAGUGGGGUCAGUUCAAAAUGCUGACACAAAUACACAAUACGGAGGAGUUAUGUAUUCCUACUCCUCAGACAAAAUCAGACUGUGGCACCCAAAAUUAGACGGACGUCACUUCCUGGUCUACGUCAGCAAUGAUUGGGGCGGAGGACACCAUACACAAUCAGCUGAAUCUGUUACUGCCAGGAUAUCCGUGUGGAAAGCUGGACAAAUAUGUCUAAUUCCUCCGAGCCAUCGGACAACUCCAAAAACGACUACAUUUCCCGUCACAACACUGAAGCCGUCACAUCCAUCUAUGAGUUUGGGGAAUGCCUCAGCUAGAGAUUUAAAUAAGAAAGAAUUGUGGUACGACCGGUCUGUGACGGUUCCCGUUCUUUGGCUUGUAGUCGGUGGAGGGGGACUUUUAUUACUUAUUUUCCUCCUGGCAAUAAUUAUUUACUGUAUAUGCAAAGAGAAUUCAUCAAAUGAGUUCCGAUAG